UUUGCAAUUGUACAAUAGUACUUUUUCUAAAACGACUGUAGGCCUACUACUGGUAGGAAAUGCAGGAGGGCUCUCGUAUGUUGAAAUAAUUCGGCAGAGUAUUGCAAAUCUCUGCAUCCUUUAAUAUUCGUAGUGUAAAUCAAGACCACUGUCAAGGUACUUUAAUUUUAGUUAGUCUGUUUUUAGCAAUUUGAACUCUUCUGGCUGAUUCAAAAUAAAAUAUGUCCUGACAUACACGGAUCACUUGGGGUAGUUUAGAAAGUGUAGUAGUGGAUUGGUGUUACUUCUGUCACCAUUUCACUUACUAUUUUUAGAGGAAGUGUGAAUGUUGAUCGACAUGUUAUUAAACAUUCUCCUACGAUGGCUGCGCUGACUUGGUUGAUGGCAUUUGAACGUGAGAGAAACCUCACCAUGUUGCGGAAAUACUGCUGGCAGUGCGGGGUAACAUGUAACAGCGAAAGGCAGUGGAAUGUGCACAGGUCCUCCCAGAAACACCGCCGCAACCUCAGCUCAGACAAGGAACGUUCUUGGAACUACAGAAAACCGCCUGUGGCAAUAAAAUAUCAACUCUGUACAAAACAUAAGGAUGGUGCAGGUUGUGAAUACUCCCACUCACCCAUGAUGUAUAACUUCUGCCAAUUUGCUCACUCUACCGAAGAACUGGCCGAAUGGACAGAGCGCUGUCAGUGGCGAAAAAUGAAUCGUGAAAAGGCGCGGGAUCUUGUAUACUCGUACAUGGAUCAACUUUUAGAGCGAUUCUACAGUACUGAAUCAGACUCUUUUGUGAUGGUUGAAUCGCUUGCUAACGUGGAUAUUACAAUGAGAGGAAACGAGUGUGUAUAUCUGGAUACGAAAGGAUCUGUUUACGUGUGGGUGUUUGAAAUCAGGACAUCGGGAGAUGCACACUUGGAAAAGGUGGCUCUGUUACUCAACAAAGAUAGACUUCACUUUGAGCUGAGAAACGUCAGAAACAGUGGCAAUUGUCAGUUUGCUCAUAAAGAGAUGUUAGUCUCACCAGAAUCUUCUGAGAACAACAAAUGCACUGUGGAAGUACAAUUCUCUGCAGCUAUGUUCGGGUCAUUCAGUCAGUGGGUGGUGUUCGACUUUGGCCUGGAUGUUGUUGUUGUACGAAAACUUCAGGUGGAUAUAGGAAAUAAGGUGAUACAUGAAGAAAUCAAACAUUUGAGGCAAAAACACACCUUUGACCGUUGGACUGGCGAAAAUCGCAAAAUAGUUCAGAUGCCCAAAGUUCUAGAUGAACUUGAAAAACACCUUCUGUCUCGCUACAAGCAACCUGAUUCCAGUGAGAGUGUUAUAACACGGGACUUGUUGAUGCAUCAGUUGAAUCGAAAUAACUACACCCACAGGAUGUCAAAGCUUCUGCAGCUAGAGGAACUCACUCGACACAAGAUCAUAUCCAGUUACAACAUGAUCACCACCAUUGAGCUGUCAAACAACAUAACUGAGGGAGAGUUUCUGUGUGCUCUCCCAGGAGAACUCUACGCUCAUGUCCCCCUCGAAGGGAAGGUGAAUGAAGAUACAGAUGCAGGAGAGCUCAUUCUGACCAGUGUGAACCACGUUCUUCUGGCUCCUCAAAACGACAGCCAGGAGUGUGUCUAUGAGGCGGCCAUUGUUUCCACUGGGACUGGUUACUGGCGUGGACAGAACUAUGUCUAUCUUCACCUUCCAGCAGAGUGUUGUUCAGCACUUAAACUGAAGCAUGGGGACAAGCUGGAUGUGGAGAUCCAGUUUCAAUUGGACAGACUGGUUUUCUGUAAGAUGCAUUAUGCUGUGGAUCAGAUGGCCAUGAACAUGGACGUCAUCUUCCCUGAUAUAUCACCAGCCCCAAGAGUCCGCGACACAAAGCAGGGGUUUGAUCUGAGGUCUUUUGAGCUGAAUUCUAACCAAGUGUCAGCUGUUCGUCAUAUUGUUGCCAAGAGAGAGGGCGCCUCACCCCUGGUCAUUUAUGGACCGUUUGGCACAGGGAAAACGGAGACAUUAGCUCAGGCUGCAAUGUUGUUGUUGUCAGAGAGACCUGAUGCAAGAAUUCUGAUAUGUACAGAGAGCAAUAAGUCUGCAGACUUGUACAUUGAGAAACAUCUCGAUCGUUUCUUGAAAGAAAGAGGUGAUGGGACAAAGAUGUUGCGCCUGUACUGGCCUGGAAGGAGAGUGAACACAGUGAGUGAGGUGGUACGUCAGUACUGUGUUCUCUCAUUGACCAAAGGCCACUUCCUCAUUCCAUCCAAAGAGGAGGUAAUGACUUGCAAGGUCUGUGUCGUAACCCUAGACAUGUCCCUGUACCUGGUCCACGCUCAGGUGAAGGGCUUCUUCACACAUAUCUUUGUAGACGAGGCAGCCCAAGCCUUGGAGUGUGAAGCUAUAAAGCCCUUAUGCCUGGCCGACCCGAGCACAUGUGUGGUGUUAACUGGGGACCACAUGCAGCUUGGUCCCACUGUGUACUGUGAAGAGGCCCGGAACCUGAAGUUUAAUCACUCUUUGUUAGAGAGAAUGUGCAGUUUCUACAGGGAAGCCAUCAAUCACAUUUCAGAAAGAAAUGUUCCACAAAUUCUGUUCAACAAAAACUACCGCUCAAAGAAAGAAAUUCUGCAGUUUCUAUCCUCUGUUUUCUAUGGUGGUCCAGAGACUUUGAUCUCAGAGAGCCACAUACCCUCAGUUAGGGGUAUAAGCCCUCUGGCAUUCUACUCUGUGCAGGGGCAAGAAAUACAAGAACCUCACAGUACGUCUUACUACAACACGGCAGAAAUGGAAGAAGUGGUGGAGAGAGUUGCUGAGCUUUACAACAAAUGGCCAGAUGAGUGGGGAACAAAAGAUCCUGGAGCCAUCUGCGUGACAACAUCGUACGUCGAUCAGGUCCAUCUCAUAAGAAAUGGCCUAAGAAGAAAAUCAAAUGAACUGAAAGAUGUGACUUGUGAAAGGGCUCAUAAUAUUCCAGGUCGCGAGUUUCGUGCCGUUUUUGUGAGCGUUGUGCGGACCCACCAAAUAACAGACCCACAGAAUUUGACCAGCAGCCUGGGCUUUCUUUCCAAUCCAAAACUCCUCAACACAGCACUGACAAGAGCACGAAGCAUGGUAGCUGUAAUUGGAAACCCUGUGUCCCUUUGCACCUUAGGACACUGCAGAGUAAUCUGGAGGUUUUAUCUUAAACAGUGCCAAAUCUUGAGAAGUAUUUACCCACAGACGCUCACCAUGGAGGACAUAAAGCAGGGUAUUCAGAGCGUGUUGAAUUCCACCGACGGACAGAAAAUUGUACAACAUGCUGAGAAGAGUAGAUCCAUCAGUUACUUUCCUGCAACGGUGGUUGCGUGUAAGGGCUCUCAAAAGGCCGCCAAAGUACCUCAAAAGAGCACGUCGAACGCAACAUCUUCAGAUGCAGCCAAACUAACUUCAAAACCUGCUGAUCUUCCAGAGGUAACCAUCAGCAACUUUCUGGAUGACUGGGAAUUAGAUUGUAUGCUGGAACCUGAUGAUAUUAUCAAGCAGUUAGCAAUGCAUGAGUUUAAAUCUGACCUUGUGAAAUUCCACAAGAAAGCUAAAACAAAAGAUAAAAGUAUAGCUGAAGCGUCGAAUGAGCUGUCUGGAGCUCUGAAGUUGGAGUAUAUAGAAAUUAAAGAGCAAUAUGGCCAUUCCGUCAUCUGUUGCCCUCAACUGGCAAAAGAAGAAAGGAAGAGAAAGCUCUUAUCGGCUGAUGAUGCUGGGAAAGAAUACGACUCUGAUAGCGAUAAAUCUGAUGUGGAGGAUGAAGGAUGCAGAAAAAUCUACAAUGAACUAACUCAUCAAGAACUCACUAAUCUCCUCCAGUAUCAGUCUGAUCAGUAUGUAUGCUGUAUCCUUAACUGUGAGAGUCGACGAAUGUAUGCAGAGGUUCUCAGCAAGGAAUGCGCAGUAGCUGAGGUGGAAAUCAGUUGUCGAAAAAGGUGUGGAAGAGCGUUUCAUGGGGACGAAGUUGUUGUGAGAAUGUUGCCAAAAGAGGUUGUGAACAGUGGCGAAUCAACUUCUGCUGAAACAGUACAUGGCGAGGUUGUGGGAAUUCUGAAAAAUUGCAUGGAUCCGAGAUACAGGCUGUUUAUAUGCACGGUAGAACCAAAGAAUACUGGUGUAAUGAUUCCACUGAACAGAGGUGUUCCAAGGAUAAAUAAUCUUUCCAUGAAAGACCAGCUGAAGAAAUCAUUGAAAGGAUAUGUCCAAGUAUAUAAAUUCACAAAAGACAGGGAAAUACGCCCGGAUCGUCCCGUGAAAGUCGACCUCCAAAAUGCUGAAAAUCAACUGUAUGUUGUGAGAUACUUGAAGUGGGAUGCCAAGUUUACACUGCCACUUGGAAUUGUUGUCCAUGUCAUUCCACCUGGCAACAGCAUUGAAAAUGGAAUAAACAUCCUGAAUAUAGAAUACCAGAUUCCCAAGAGAUAUUCAGCUGAGACAGAGAAAUUUGUACAAGAACAACAGUCCAAUAGUAUUCAACGUCCUCAUGAAGUCUUACAGAACAGACUGGACUACAGAGACAAAAUAGUAAUUACCAUCGAUCCCCCGUUCUCCAAGGAUCUUGAUGAUGCACUCAGUCUUGAAAGAUUGCCUGAUGACAGGUACCUUGUAGGUGUCCACAUUGCUGAUGUUUCAUAUUUUGUCCCUCCUGGCUCUGCCCUUGAUCGUGAAGCUGCAGGAAGAGGAGUAUCUUUCUACCCAAUGAUAGCGGAAACCAUCCACAUGUUGCACCCACAUUUCAGCACAAAUGUUUGCAGUCUGCUCCCUGACACUGACCGCUUGACCGUUUCUGUCUUCUUCACAGUUUCCAGUGAAGGGGAAAUUCUAAGUGUUGAUCCUGAACGCUGUAUAAUAAAAGCAAAGCGCCUCAGCUACACAGAUGUAGAAAAUCUUCUCCAUGACACUGAGACACCGCAUGAAGAUAUUAGGAGCCGCUUGCUAGCCUUGGGUAAACUUGCUCAGAUAUGGAGAUAUCAGCGUCUUGGUAAUGCUUACCUCUCUCAUCAAAUGGAUAUAGAAUCCCGAGAGUCUCCAAAUGCUCACCUGUUGGUAGAGGAACUGAUGAUCAUGACCAACCAUCAGAUGGGCGAAUUACUGAUAAAACAUUUCCCAGAAUGUACCCCGCUACGGCAACAACAGUUCCCUCACCCGGCUGCUCUGGAGAAGUGGAAAGAAACUCAUGCUGCUGCCGCCGCAAAUACUGUGGCCCUAACUAGACCAUUUCUUGAAGACUACUCCAUAUGUCAAUGCAAAACCGCAUGUAAGUGUGUCUUCGACUUCAUUAGUAGCCACAAGAUAAAGAUACCUGAACAGUUCUGCUUGCUGACAUCCACAUGGGAGGCCAUGUGUCGAGAAGCUGAUUCGGGAAACUACAGAGCUGUUCAAGAGCUCAUUGUUCAGGCUGAAAAGCACCCUAGUCAGAUGAUCGCUCAGUUGCAGCUGUAUAAAAUACAGGAAAGGGCCGUUUAUGUUUGCUCUGGAAGUCUGGAUAAGGAGGAAUCGGGGCAUUAUUCGCUGAAUUUGCCCUAUUACGUGCAUUUCACCAGCCCUAUCCGCAGGUAUGUUGACCUUGUGGCCCAGAGGCUAGUGUGUGCGCUGAUCGACAGCAAACCAUGUCCUUACAGUCCGGCAGACGUUGAGAGACUGUGCAGGAAGACAACUGAUGCAUCUGUGUUGGCCUCUCGCUAUCACAAAGCCUGUUAUUUACUACAACUGGCAGCUGCUUUGAAAGAGAGGCCUUUGGUUGUCUAUCCUGUUGUAGAGGGAGUGUCUGAAGCAGCAGUAGAACUGCAGAUUCCAUCUAUUCGUGAAAUUUCCCCAUCAAAGAGACAAGUGAAGCUUGCCCAGUUAGCUCCCAGCAAGAUGCCGACUGUAAGCGAAGAGCGUCAGAGUGUUUUGUUACACUGGCGGAAGAGAGUGUACGAGUUAGAUGUUCAGAGCACAGAGAAGAUAGAGGUACUCCCACAAAAUACCAUCAAGCUAGAUCCUGACAAGUUUGUGUCGAAGGUAUCCGCCUACGAUUGGCAGCGGUUGCUUUGUUCCACCAGAAAGCCCAUAUCUGGUAAAAUCGAUGAUGGUAUGCAGUUAUCUACGAGCUGCAGUUUGCCGAAUGUGUUGGAAUCUGUAGGAAUCCUGGAUAGAUUUUCUGUCCAAGAUGUCACUUCAGAGGUUGGCAGUAAUAAGAAAAUUAUCAGACAUCUGAGAAACGUUUCAACCGAGAUUCAUAACUGUGCUGUUUUGAAAGCUCAAAUGAGUGCUUCACUGGAUCGUGGCAUGUUGUCCCCAACACUGCAACUUCUUAGCCUUACGUCACGGCUGGAUGUUUGUUUGGAACAUUGCAGAGACCCCGCUUCAUGUUUUGCAGAUGUGAGCUCCAAACCAGCAUCAAAACUCCGAUACAAUAAUGAAAAGGCGUACAAGGAAGCAUGGCUUCCAGUCUUGAGUAUGGAGUCAGCAGUGUCUUCUGUUGACAGUCAAGAGUCGUUGUUUCUACACAAUGUGGACAUCAAAUGGCACAAAGCACAGGGCGCCAAAGGACUUGAAGUGAAGGGCAAAUUCUCUCUUCCUGUCAGAUUUUGCAAAGAACGUCAGAUCAAGUAUUCAAACUCAUCUGCUGAUUACCUGUGCAUCAGGUACCCUGAGCUUCCCCUGCCUGAAAACACAGACCUUCACAAGGACGUGGCUGCUGUGGUGAAUAGUGGCCAGCCGGUUACCUGGACCUGUCAUUGUUGGAUUACAAGCGUAAUGGAAACUGAAAAAGAGGACAGAGUUCACGUUGAAUGUCACCUUCGUAAAAGUGCAUUCCCCAUUCCAGACAUUUUGUGUCAAACCGAAAUUCCCAACCCUCGAUGUACAUUGGAAUGGAUCCCAAGGUUUCUACCUGUCAGGAGAAUGGAAGAAGCCGUUCGAACACUUGACAAAAGCUCUAAAAUUGCGCAAGACAUUGCCGUUGGCCGAACUCCUAAUGCCUCAGCGAUUAUCUCAGACAUCCCUAAACUGACAACAAUGCCUGUACCUGGAUUACCUCGCCCUAACAAAGUACAGACGGAUACGAUCACCCAAGCUCUAAGGCAACCCUUCAGCUUAAUCCAGGGCCCUCCUGGCACAGGGAAGACACUGACGGGCGCGAGACUGGCUUAUUUGUUUGUUCAUCGUAACAGAUGUGUCGACGCUGCCCCAGACAAACAACCCCAGGUUCUCUACUGCGGCCCUUCAAAUAAAUCCGUGGAUGUUGUCGCAGGUCAUCUCAAAAAGCUGGGUUCCUCUUGUCCUAAGCUGGUCCGAGUGUACAGUGAAAACAUAGAGCAUGAAGAAUUCCCACUGCCUCGGGAUCUCAUCCCCACUAGGCGGCAGUCAAGUGCGGCCUCAGCGUCUGCCGACCCAACGCAUAAGGAUAUAGCUCUACACCACCUCAUCCGAAAGGCCACCAGUGACUACUCCGAAGAGCUCAAACUGUACGAUGAGUAUUUUGCCACACGUCCAGAGGAUGUUAGUGAUGAGGAUGUGAAAUCAUACCAGCAACUGGUGACGAGAGCAGAGGUUGCUAUGAUCAAGUCUGCCGAGAUCCUCCUCUGUACCUGCUCAGUCAGCUCCAGCCCCAGGAUGAGAUACGGCUCGUGUGUAAGCCAGGUGAUCAUUGAUGAGUGUGGGAUGUGUACUGAACCUGACAGUAUGAUCCCAAUUGUCAACAGGGAUCCCAGUCAAGUCGUCCUCAUUGGUGACCACAAACAGUUACGGCCAAUCGUCGCUUCCCAGCAAGCAAGGGAUCUUGGCUUGGAGACUUCGCUAUUUGAACGUUACGCCCAGAAAGCCGUCAUGUUGACCUAUCAAUACCGUAUGCACAAGGGCAUAGCCCAGUUUCCUUCCAAUCACUUCUACGAGGGUAAGCUGAGGUGUGGCACUGCUGCUCAAACCUAUCCAGCACAACUGAACAUCUGGCCCAAUGGCAGAGAAAGUCCUAUCUUGUUCUGCCAUGUGAAAGGGGUGGAGGAGACCCUGACAGUGAGCACAGAGGAAGGGAAUGAGAGGUCCAAGAGUAACCAGAAGGAGGCUUAUUUAGCGGUCCACAUCGUAUCUGCCCUUGUUAGACAGUUCUCAGUGAAGGAGACAAGUGUAAAGGUGUUGUCACAGUACAGGGCUCAGUGUAGGGCCAUCGAGAGAGAGUUGAGAGAAAAGGGGCUUCACAAUGCUGGGGUUGACACCGUCAUCUCCAGUCAAGGGAGUGAGUGGGAUUAUGUGAUUCUGUCCACGGUGAGGACUCUGCCCCCUGAUGAGAUUGAGCCCAGGCCUACAGAGGGAUGGAAACGCCGCCAUCUUGGUUUCAUCACAGACGAUCAUCAGAUCAACGUAGCCAUUACCAGGGCCAAAAAAGGGCUGUUUAUCAUAGGAGACAAGCAACUCUUGCAAUGCGACGGCAUGUGGAGAGAACUGAUUGCUCACUACAAGACGAACGAGAAGAUAGUAAAAGAAUCUGAGCUCAGAGAGUUGCUCAGUAGACAAGAUAGACAACUUCAUCACAGAAAAUAAUCCAGGGAGACAUUUGUUCUUCAACAAUCCACUUCAUUAAACCUGUCAGUAGUCUAACUGGUAAUCACUGUGGAUUAGAAUUAUGACAUUGUGGAACUACAUGCUGUUGUUUACGUCACUUUCGUGAAUUGAUGGCAAGUUCUCCUGGCAGAACACUGAUACUUACAUAUAUAUGAACAGGGAAGACCACAUACCGAAUAUAUAGGUACAUUGUAUGAGACCUAUAUAGGCCUACAGUAUGUCAUCCAACCAUGCGUUUGUGCUGUAGAAGACUGAUUUAUAUUACCUAUUUCUGUUUUAACUUUAAUUUUUAAAAGAUUACUUUUUUCUAUUUUGUAAAUAUAUUUUCCUUUACAAACAUACUUAGGGUGUGCUAAAAGUGUUAAGUUUUUUGUUCUUCUAGAAGUAUAUUUUAUAUUGCUAAUAUAUUUCUGGGGGUGCUAAAAGUGUUAAGCUUUUUGUUCUUCUAGAAGUAUAUUUUAUAUUGCUAAUAUAUUUCUUGGUGUGCUAAAAGUGUUACAUUCAUCAAUUCUUCUUGAAAUAUAUUUUCUUUUACAAGUAGGUCUGGGUGCGCUAAAGGGUUGUAUUUUUCAGUUCUUCUAGAAAUAUAUUUUCUUUUACAAGUACUUCUGGGAGUAUUUUGUAAGAGUUGUGUACACUCACAAGAACUCCAUGUAAUUUAGGAUUGGUUAAGCGAAAGCCCUCUUGGCUCAAAGGCGCAGCGGAAAAGCAAGAGGCGGAAUCAAAUAUGCGACCAUCUACAUGUUUUGUAUGCUGUUUACAGUUGCUUUUUUAUUUCACUUUAAAUUUUAAUGUAGUCCAGUAAUGGACUGUUUAUUUUAGGGGAUACGAUAUCUGUGAUGACUCCUAUAGAUUCCAUAUAACUUCUAUGUACAAGACUAUGGCAUGUAUAGUGAUGUACACUGAAGGCUGUAGGCAUUUUUAUGCAUGUAUAUAUAAUGCUAAAUAAGGGAUCAGCAAUACAACAGGAAUAAUCCAGAGAAAGCUGGUUUCAUGACAAAAUAUUCAACUUGCCAAAGAUAUCCAUCAGAACAUAAAAUUAUUUUUUAAUUUUUUUUACACACGUGAAACUUAUAUUCCUUCAUAUUUUACAAUUCGUCUGUCAGUGGACCAAAAAUGAAAUCGGAAAAGUGUGUAAUCUAUCUGAGUAAUGGUUUACCGAAGAUCUUCGAUACUGUGAUUUAUUUAGUACGUUCAUUUAAUAUGUUAUACAUUUAUGUAGGUGAAGAUAAUAUUCAAGUAUUGUGUGUGAUUUCAUGUGUUUUUCUGCGCCUGCGUGUACAUGGCUCCGGUUCCAGUUUUGUAUUCUUGAAGAUAAA